UUCUCUACUUCCUCUUCAAAAAUCCCAUUCUAUUCUAUUGAUGUACUGCAUCACCUAGUCUCCAGCUUCUCCAGCCUGGGCAAGCAUGUGGAGAACCCUAGCCAAACAAGCUGCUUCCUCAUCAAAGUCCAAGCUUUCCCCUCUCAUAUUCCCCAAAGAACCCACCUUUAUCAACAAAAGCACACAUUUUGAGACUUGGGUCUGCAGAAAGUAUGGAUCUUUAGUACUGGGUCCACCUCAAAUUGCUGCAACAACUCCUCCACACCUCAAAUUCUGCAGACCCGGUUCAUGGCGGAGCCGGGCUUACCCUUUCGGGUACUGCAGAGGGUAUGCCAGCUCAGCUGAGGCCAUUGCCUCGACUGAUGAGGAGUCUGGGAGUGAAGAGAUCCAGGGAAUGCUGGAGGAGCUGGUUGGGGAGAGGAGGAGGAAGGUGCAGCCGAAGAGGUUGGUGAGUGGAAUGGGGGCGGGGAAGUAUAAUAUAUUGAGGAGAAGGCAGGUGAGGAUUGAGACUGAGGCGUGGGAGGAGGCGGCGAAUGAGUACCAGGAGCUUUUGAGUGAUAUGUGUCAGCAUAAGCUGGCGCCGAAUUUGCCUUAUGUUAAGUCACUGUUUUUGGGGUGGUUUGAGCCUCUGAGGGAUGCCAUUGCAGCUGAGCCGGGGAGUUGGACAGGGAAGUGGCAUAACUGUAGGCCUAGCCAUGCUCCCUAUUGGGAGCAGCUGCCGCCGGAUAAGAUGGCUGUUAUUACAAUGCAUAAGUUGAUGGGGCUGUUGAUGACUAAUCAUGGUGGAGUUGGGGCUGUUAAGGUGGUCCAGGCUGCUUGUGCCAUUGGUGAAGCACUUGAGAAUGAGGUUAGGAUACACUAUUUUUUGGAGAAGACAAAGAAGAAGAGUAGCAGUGCUAAGAAACCUAAAGCUGAAUCUGAUAUCAUGAACACCAAACAAGAGAAACUUAUUGAAGAACAAGAGCAAGAGCUACUAACUAAAGAACAAGAGCUAGAAAAACUAAACAAAGAACAGAGGCUGAGGAAGAAGGUUACGAAGUUGCUAAAAAUGAAGAAAAUGCAGCAAGUAAAGGAAAUUGUGAAGGAACAUGAUGGCCUAAAGCCAUGGGGUCAAGAAGCUCAAGUUAAGGUUGGCUGUCGAUUGAUUCAAUUAAUAAUGGAAACAGCUUAUAUACAACCUGCAGUUGAUCAUUUAGGAGAUAAUCCACCUGAUAUUCGCCCAGCAUUCAUGCAUACCCUUAAGACUAUAAGUAAAGAGGCACAGAAGACCAACAGGAGAUAUGGUGUAAUUGAAUGCGACCCAUUAGUUCACAAAGGGAUGGAGAAAACAGCAAGGCACAUGGUCAUUCCUUAUAUGCCGAUGUUGGUGCCUCCACUUAACUGGACAGGCUAUGAUAAAGGAGCACAUUUAUUCUUACCAUCCUAUGUUAUGCGAACUCAUGGAGCGAAACAACAGCGCCAAGUUAUUAAAUCCACUCCUAGAAAGCAAUUAGAACCUGUUUAUGAGGCGCUGGAUACCCUUGGAAGUACCAAAUGGAGGAUAAACGAAAGGGUACUUGGUGUAGUGGACCGGAUAUGGGCUAAUGGAGGCUGUCUUGCUGACUUGGUUGACCGUGACGACGUUCCUUUACCUGAAGAACCAGACACUGAAGAUGAGGCAGAAAUAAAAAAAUGGAAAUGGAAAAUGAAAGCUGUGAGAAAGAAGAAUAGUGAAAGGCACUCGCAGCGGUGUGAUACAGAACUUAAACUUGCUGUAGCUCGAAAGAUGAAGGAUGAGGAAGGCUUCUACUAUCCGCACAAUCUUGAUUUCCGUGGCCGUGCCUACCCCAUGCACCCAUAUUUAAACCAUCUCGGUUCUGAUAUGUGCAGAGGUGUCCUGGAGUUCGCAGAGGGGCGCCGUCUUGGAACAUCUGGUUUACGGUGGCUAAAGAUACAUUUGGCAAAUUUAUAUGCUGGUGGUGUUGACAAGCUCUCCUAUGAUGAUCGAGUAGCAUUUACAGAGGACCAUGUGGACGAAAUUUUUGAUUCCACAGACAGACCUCUUGAAGGAAGGCGGUGGUGGUUGGGUGCGGAAGAUCCUUUCCAAUGCUUGGCAGCUUGCAUUAAUCUCACUGAAGCAUUGAGAAGCCCCUCACCGGAGACUACCAUUUCUUAUAUGCCUGUUCACCAGGAUGGUUCAUGUAAUGGUUUACAACACUAUGCUGCCCUCGGAAGAGACAAGCUUGGAGCAGCUGCUGUAAAUCUUGUUGGGGGAGAGAAACCGGCUGAUGUUUACUCAGGAAUUGCUGCCAGGGUUCUUGAUAUAAUGUGCACUGAUGCCAAGAAAGAUCCAGCCAGUAAUCCAAACACAGUGCAUGCUAGGCUUUUAAUUAAAGAGGUUGACCGUAAAUUGGUGAAGCAGACAGUUAUGACCUCUGUAUAUGGUGUUACUUAUAUUGGUGCACGUGAUCAAAUAAAGAAAAGAUUAAAGGAGCGUGGUACGAUAGCUGAUGAUGCGAUGUUGUUUUCCGCAGCUUGCUAUGCUGCUAGGACCACUUUGACUGCCCUGGGAGAGAUGUUUGAAGCUGCAAGAAGUAUUAUGAGUUGGCUGGGUGAAUGUGCUAAGGUUAUAGCCGCAGAGAAUCAUACAGUUCGAUGGACCACACCCCUUGGACUUUCUGUUGUUCAACCAUACCGGCAGUUAGGAAGGCAUCUUAUUAAGACUUCCCUCCAGGUGCUGACAUUACAGAGGGAAACGGACAAGGUCAUGGUUAAACGGCAGAGGACAGCUUUUCCUCCCAAUUUUGUGCACUCCCUUGAUAGUUCCCACAUGAUGAUGACUGCUCUUGCCUGCAAGAAGGCAGGGUUAAAUUUUGCAGGUGUGCACGAUUCCUAUUGGACACAUGCAAGUGAUGUUGACGAAAUGAAUAGGAUACUAAGAGACAAGUUUGUUGAACUCUACGAAAAACCAAUACUGGAGAAUUUGUUGGAGAGCUUUCAAGAGUCUUUCCCCACCCUUACCUUUCCUCCUUUACCGGAUCGUGGAGAUUUUGAUCUCAGACAAGUUCUUGAAUCUACAUAUUUCUUCAACUAAUAUGAGCCAAUUAAUUGCUUGCCCCUUGUUUCAAUUCCAUUAUGUCGAAUCAAGGUGACACAAUUCUUGUGUUCUCGUGUAUGGACACAAGUCAUUGUCAUGAUGAGUUUUGAAUCCCUGUAAAGGAGAGCUUGAUGUUUGGCUUCUGGAGACAAUUUCCUGCUCGUGUCCUUGUACAGAUCUAGAUACAGUAGCUGAAAUAACUUACAGGACUUGGCUGUCUUCUGCAUCCGCUAUUUUGAAGGAUUCAAAAUUAGAAGGGCAGCAUUUCUUGACAGAACAGCUUCGUCGGCGCAACUCAGAACAUGUUAGAAUGUUCGGCGCUAUCGGAAUGUUGGUUGAGUUGAUUAAACAGAUGGGCAACUGAUGGUAUAUGCACGCUAGGGAGACUGUAAUUUCAACAAAGUUGAUGUGUAGGUCGGGUGGGAUCAUGAAUAUCAUUGUCAUAGAAGGGCAACGAAAUUGUUGUCGGUGAUUUUUGUUAGGAUCUGUACAUUAGUCUUCUAUAUUCAUUUAUAGGAAAAUGUAGAAUAAGUCGUUGUACCAGUUCUUAUUUAUCUGGAUACUUGUUCAAUACAAAGUGAAACAUUACAGAGUUUUCGUAGAACACCACUGAUCAGUCUG